UUCUAGCUUUAAUUUCAUAGCUUAAAUCAAAUUGUUACACUAGAAAAGAAUUUAAAAUGGAAUAGAAUUUUGAAUGCACGUCCCUUCCCAAUGUCGAUUAUGUCGACUCAGCUGUCGACUGUCAACGUCAGCUGUCAACAGUGGUUGGUGUUAACGUUAUCAAAACAUCUCGCAAACUUUCCAACUUCUCCGAUUAAAUUAAUUGGAUGCGUGCAUAAUUAUAGGUGAAAUCUGUGCUGGCAAUCGAAAACGAUGGACUUCCGCUUUGGCUCGGCCAAGCGGUCCAUGUGAGCGAAGCGCGACCAUGGCACGCACAGCACCGAAGCGAUUGCGUCCUGGGCGGCUGUAGUGUAGUUAUCGGUGGAAAGAUGAUGUGUCCCAAAUGCUAGGAAGGGAAAUCGCAAGUGCAUCCCAUCUACUGUGGCAUCCAGCAGCGGUUGGUAUUGCUGGGGGGUGUAUUGCUGUUUCUUUUUUUUUGGUUUUUGGCAACGAAACGGUGUAAAUAGCGAGCAGCGACAAACACACACACACACACACAAAAAACGAACGCCAAACAAAAGUAGAACGAGUAAAUGAGGAUUAAAUGAGAUCCUCCGUAAGUUACAUGUUAUCGCAAGGACCUGGAGAUCCGAUUAUGGCGCAUCCAGAUUAUGAGCAGCACCAUUACCACCAUGGUUGUUUGUUAAUCCUGGUGCGAGGAAUCGGUUCCUCGAAGCCACGGUCUUUGCAGCGCGUCUUCGAACGAGUGCAGCGGGUGAACAACGUAAAAAUACCUGCCGAUUCGACAGGCACGCCGAGAGAUAUCUGGGUGCGGUACAUACGCGACCAUCCGGUCGAGAACAAUGAUUGGGGCGACUUUCAAACCCAUCGCCGGCUGCUGGGGCUCAUCACGGUGGGGAAAUUCGAGGCCCAGAGCGAACUGAACGAGCUGUGUCGGGUGCACGAGUCCUUGAAGGUGAAGUACACGCACACACUGUUCGACUCGCGCUGCCUACUGUUCGGCCCGAGUACGGACGAGCUGCAGAAGCUGAACGGGGCGGCGGCGGGCACGGCAAUCCCGCCGGACGGUGGUAGCAAAGCGACGCUCGAGAAAUGCUUCCAAACGCCGUCCAACUUCAAGAGCCGCGCGUUCUUCUACCCCGAGAACGAUCCGUGCAGCAACUUGGAAACGAAGAUUUCGGAGUUCAUUACCUCCAUCUACUAUAUACUGGAGCUGAAGCGGAUGGAGAAGACGCGCGAGAAGCUCGAGAAGGCACCGCUGCUGUUGGCACCGUUCGAGAAGAAAGAUUUCGUCGGGCUGGACCUGGAGAGUAGAAACAACAAGAAGCGCUGCAUCGGGCGCAUGACGAAGCAUCUCGGCGACCUGACGCUGCAGGCGGGCCUGGUCGCCGAAUCGCUCAACUUCUUUCACGCGGCGAGCGAAACUCUACGUGCCAUAAGUGACUCGCUGUGGUUGGGCGCGGCCAACGAAGGGCUCUGCGCGGCCUCCGCUAUACUGCUCUACCCGAACUUCCGCUACACCAUGUCUAUACAAAGAAACUCUAGUCUGCAGGAGAACUCUUCCUCUCCCCAGAAGUUUAAUCUUGCCCGCAACCAGCUGUACACCGGCAGCUACAACGGUGCCGACAGUUCGACGCUCAAGCACAAAAAGUCGGACAUGGUCAUCAACCUGAGCGCGUCCGAUACGGCGACGAUUCUCGGCGCGGACAAAACGUCCGCCUCGUCCAACUCUUCGGCAUCGUCGAUUAGCUCGAGCUUGUCGUCCGGGUCGGGCGGUAGUGGAACGGCCAGCGGAAGCUCGUCGUCCGACUCAGGGACGCUGGUGAAUAGGGCGGGUUCCGGGGUGGCAGCCAAAUUUCCCAGCAACAUAUUGCAACCGGAUGAAAUAACGGUACGGUACCGGGACGCCAUCAUCAACUACAGCAAGUACCGGAACGCCGGUAUAAUCGAAACGGAGGCGGCCCUGAAAGCGGCACGGAUUUGUAUCGAGCAGGGAAAGAAUCUGGAUGUGGCCAUGUUUCUGCAGAACGUGCUGUACAUCAAUCUGAACAUGACCGAGCAGCAGCGGGUGCGGCGGUUCGAGGUGCUGACCGAUCUGUACCAAAAGAUAGGCUACAAUCGUAAGGCGGCGUUCUGUCAGCGGCUAGCCGCCUGGCGACACGUCGCCCAAAGCAACAGCAAUCCCGACUGGGGCCAAAGCUAUCGGUUGAUGUUGGAAAGCUUUUCCGGCCACAAGCUAUCGCUCGAACCGAACGAGGUGCUGGAGAACAACAUGGGCUGGCCGGUGCUGCAGAUCGAUCUGCUGCAGCAGCUCGUCGGUACGGCUCGACGGCUGGGACAAUCGGCACUGGCAACGCGGCACAUGACCUUUCUGCUGCAAACCAUGUGGAAGCAUUUGACGGCACAGGAGCAGCGCGAAAUGGCACUGCAGCUACAGAAUCUGAGCGCUCAGUGUGAAGGAGCGCCCGUACCGUUGGUGCUGGAGAACGGCAUCGUCAUACCGCCGGCCAACCUAACCGAUCUGCCUCAUUGCUCUCAGCUGCUGGUGAAGGAUCUGGCACCGCACCUAAAACCGGUCAAGAUCGUCGUUAACAAGGUGGACAGUGGGCCGUUUCUUUUCACCCCGAUCCAUUUCAGUUCGCUCGAUCGGCGUGGCAUCGAGAAGGAUGAUAGUAAAAUCACGUUCAACUGGGUACAGCACGACGUUUGUGAGGUGAGCGUGAGCCUCAUGAAUCCGCUGCCGUUCGAGCUGCAGGUGACGGACAUGCGGCUCCUUACGACGGGCGUCGUGUUCGAGGCGUUCCCGCAAACCGUCACCCUGCAGCCUAACGUUUCGACGAACGUUUCCCUGCACGGCACAUCGAUCGAGUGCGGUGAGCUUGAAAUCCAAGGCUACAGCACGCACACGCUGGGCGUGAAGUCGAACUGCCGGCUAAAGCACAUGCUACAUCGAAGGGAGCGCCAUUUGCCACCGUGCUACAAGGUGAAGGUAAUACCGGCGCUGCCGAAGCUCGAGACGAAGACGAGCCUCCCACAGACGGCAACGUUUAGCGGCAUGCCAAAUGCGGACUUUGUCACAACGUCGGCCAGCAUCACGCUGUACAACGGGGAACGGGGCGAAUGUACGAUCACGCUCACGAACACCAGCAACAUCCCGAUCGAGUAUGUGGACGCUACGUUCCACUCGACGCUGGAAGCCUCCCUUCAGAGCCGCAUAUUUCAACUCGCGACGGACGAGCUGCACCGGAAGCUACCCAUCCAACCGAACGCGAGCAUCGAUUUCAAGCUGGUAAUCUUCGGAGAGGCCGACUUUCUCGGCGCGCUGACGGCCGGCCCGGGACAGACAGCGGGCUACUCGCUGCCGCACAAUCCGGACGGGAUGAACAGUGCCGGUCCGCAAAGUUUAACCGUUUCGCAUGGGGGUGGUGGCGGACCGCUGGGUGGUGGGAUGCUGUCGGCCGGUGGUGGAAGUGGUAACCCGAGCAUACCGAGCCGCAUCAGCUCGCCAACGAACACGCAUCGAAGGAAUGAGUUGCUGACGUCCAGCUUUCGCUCCUCGCACUCGGGCCAUUCGUCGCUGGCGACGCUGAGCGUUGGCAUCUCGACCGGGCAUGUGCCGCGGCAGCUGGAUGCGCAGCUGCGGUUCAAGUACUCGGGCGGGGAAGGAUUGCAGGAAGGCUUCUGUCGACAGUGCGCCAUCUCGUUCAAUGUUGAGCUGCUGCCAAGCGCACAAAUCACCAACUGGGACGUUUUGUCGGCGGAGAUACCGUCCCAGUUCUAUCUGGUGCUGGACGUGGUGAACCUAACCGCGCAGGAAAUGUCACUCAACUAUACCUCCAACAAAACAAUACUCAUCGAGGCUAAGGAAAGCUGCCGCGUGCCGGUCCCGGUGCAGCGAUGUCCGCUGGAACGCAUAUUUGCCGCCGUAGCCGAACACCAGCAGCAACAUCACAAUCAUCUGCACCAUCAUCAUUCGAUCGGUAGCGGCUCGGCGGAUCAUCACAAUAUGCCUAGCAUACUGAGCGGUGGGGCCGGUACGAGCACGAGCGACAGUUCCGAUCUGACCGAACGGGUGUGCUCGGAGCACAUUUCGGAAAAUGUGAAUCUUAAAUGGUCGCUGCCGGGCAUCGACUGCCACGGGACGGCUUCGCUGCGCGGUAUUACGCUCUCCCCGGCGAUGCUCGAUCUGGUGACCGUUCCUCCGCUCGAGUGGGAGGUCAAGGUGGACGAUCAGGUGGUAGCGCCACAGUCGGAGGUAACGUGCGUUACUGGGCAGUUCCUAAGCUUUAGCAUCAGCAUCUGCAAUCUGUCGGCGUCGGUGCUGCAUCAGGUGCAACUGUCGGUGCAAUUUUAUCAAGACUAUCAGAACGGUGUGCAAAACUAUCGUCUCGAGACGCGCGUCACAAUGUCCGGCCCGAAUCACAUACUCAUUCCAUCGCUAAACAAAGACGAGAAAGCGUUUCACAAGUGCUCGGUGCUGUUCUUCACACCCGGACGCUUCAAGGCGGACAUCCAGUGCCGUUCGCUUAGCUCAACACUGCAAACAGCACCACAGCAGCGAGCGGACGAAUCAACCGGUGGAUUGCUGGCGACACCGGGCCCGGACAGCGCAUCACACGUGUGGCGGUUUAUUCCACCAAUCGAAAUCACCGUCCUGGAUCAGCAGUAGCAGAGUGAGCGAUCGAGGAUCGACGUAUGAGAACAAUAAUUUGGAAACCAAACACAGGAUAUACGCGUGCAUAUUACUCGCGCUACUGUUUCGGAUAGGCAUUGCGAUUGCCUAUUAACUGUUGUUGGCGAUGAACGGCUUAAUGAAGUACUACAUUCUGUACCUUUCUGAACACACGCGUGCAGCGGGAGGCUUAUUGUAGUUUGUUGUUGCGCGAGGGAAACUGUAGGGCAAUAUUACAUAUACUAACAACACACACUCUUGGUAUUAUAAAUGCUACGAAGGAAGGGAUGCGACUCACUCGAACGCGGGCAGGGUUUAGUCUCUCGGGAGGUAUUUGUUCGUACAUUGUGCAGAAUUUAAAUUAACUGGAAGCAAUAUUGAGUAGGAAAUUAGCUCUCGAAACAAAGCAUUAUUCGCGCUCCAAGCUAUACGCGAGCCCGCUUGGGACUAUGGAAAACCGGAGGUUGGGAUGAUAUUACACCAGGACGGGAGGACGAAGCGAUGCGAAAAACGGGAAUGACACGUAUAAAACACACACACACGCGAAUUAGUUACACUCGUUGAAAGAGGGAUGGUAUGGUCGGUUUGAUUUACUUUAUUAUACUUAUGUGUUUUUUUUUUUUGUUUGUCUUUAUUGCUCGAGGAAAAUGUGAAUGUUAUUUAUGAAAAUAUAAUAAAUGCCAGUAAAGAAACAUGA